UAUAAAAAUAUAUCUUAUACUAGUAACUGUUAAACUGGAAUUAUUGUCAGACAUUCAAAAUAUGAAUGAAUUGGUUGUAUGGCUACUUGUUUUCCCUUCAACAGUAACGGCUGUAAGGGAAAUACCCUAUAUAACAGCUCAUCGUGGUGAAAACGGACAGGAAAUUUAUAAAAUGAAGCUAUCAUUUCCAACUAUCAAAAUACAUAAACCCGACCAAUAUAUUUGCUACACAAGAUAUUUGGCAGAACUGGAUGAAGUAUAUGUCUUAAGCACCUUAAUUGAAAUUAAUCACGAAUUUGUUCAUCAUGCUGAUUUAAGUUUUUGUGAAGAACCUGAAGAAUUUGCAAGUCAUCAACCAUGGGAAUGUUCAAGGAGUAGGAAAUACUGUAAAGGAGGUGCAGUGGGCGUUUAUUUUUUUGAUGCAUACUACAGAUCAGAAGUUGGUAAAAUGGCGUAUCCUAAAGACGUAUCACUGAAAGUCGGAUUUUCCACAAUAAUGAGGCAUAUUAAUCUUGAAAUGCACACUAAAGCAGCAGUUACUGAUGUGCAAUAUCCACUAAUCAAUGUAACGUUAACAUUCAUCAAAACUCCAACAAAAUACAACUUCCAAAGUCAUUUACUGUUGACCGACGGAUUUAUUCCCGCCAACAAAGAAAAGGGAUAUUUUGCUGAGGUAGCGUGUCGUUGGGAUAAGCCUGACGUUGUUGCAUAUGCUGUUCAAGUUCAUACACAUCAUGUUGGAUAUAUGGCUGAUGCGUAUAGAGUUCGAAACGGUACAUGGACUUUACUGGCUAGUCAGUUAACACAAGGCAAAACUAAGGUAUUGGUACCAGUACCUGGAGGAUUUAUUGAUGUACGACAGGGAGAUGUUCUGGCUGCAAAGUGUUUAUAUAUCCCAAAAGAUAAUAAGCAAGUUCGUUUCGGGGAAUCUGAUGGUCAAGAGAUGUGUAAUGUUGAUAUUCAAUUGGGUUACGAAUUGAAACAUGAAGACAGUUUUAAACGAUCAAGUGCCUGUAUGACUCAGCAUCCCAAAUUUUCAUUUUGCGACCACGAGGCGACCUCAGGAAUUUGUGGAGACAAUCGCCAAGUAAACAUGUAGACAUGCGAUAACAACUUCUUUUUGUUUAUUACUAUUUUUGUAGAUGUUUGAAUAUAUUUAUCUGACAAGUGUAUGAUUAUUUCUUUCUUAAUAUUAAUAAAUUAUCUAUUAUGAA